ACCAAACCCAACGACGACCAAUCCACUCCACGUCUCCAUCUCCACACACCACUGCCCGCCCGCCCGCGCACGCGGGCCAUUCAUCUCCCCCGCCCCGCCGAUGCGCGCCGCAGAUCCCGCGCAGCAGCAGCAGCCGCCGCCGCCGAUCGAUCCGCGCUCCGCGGUAGCCUAGCCGAGCUGAGCUGAGCUGAGCCGAGCCAUGUCCCCCCACUCGUCGUUCUGGAGCCCCCCGCCGAGCGUCGUCACGCUCAACUGCACGGACAAUAGUCUCGAGUGCCACCGGUCCUGCCCCGGCGUCGACUGCCCCGACUACGCCGCGCCCCCGCCCCCGCCGCUCCCGCUCGCCCCGGCCGCCGUCGACCACCGCCUGCCCGUACGCCUCCUCCUCACCGUCUCCCUCCUCUCCGCCUUCCUGUUCCUCUCGCUCGGGCUCGCCACGCUCCUCCUCUACCGCCGCCGCCGCGCCCUGCGCCGCCGCCGCCGGGCGGCCACUGCCCCGCUGCCUCACGGCGACGGGUUCGGUGAUGGCGGGGACGAGGAGGCGGGCGGAGGCGGAGGGGUGGUGCACCACGUCUGGUACAUCCGCACGGUGGGGCUCGACGAGGCCACCAUCGCGUCCAUAGCCACCAAGGAGUACCGCGGCGUGGGGACCGGCGGGGACUGCGCGGUGUGCCUCGGCGAGUUCAGCGACGGCGAGCUUGUCCGCCUCCUCCCGCGCUGCUCGCACCCGUUCCACGCGCCCUGCAUCGACACCUGGCUCCGCGCCCACGUCAGCUGCCCGAUUUGCCGUUCCGUCGUCGUCGUGCCAUCCGGCCUCCCCGCUGCGGCGACUGAUGCUGAGACAGAGGGCGGCCAAGUGGAAGAGCGCCAGGUGUUUGACGAAAUGUCCCCGUCGGAAUCACUACCUGAGGGUUCCGAGGAUUCCGAUGCCUCGUCGGACACUCAAAGUGACAUUCAAAGUGAGGACACCGAAGUUGUAGCAGAGGAGAAUGGAAGUGCGACGCCCAAGCCAAUUCGGCGUUCCGCCUCCAUGGACUCGCCGCUAUUCCUUGUGGUUGUGCCUGAAGUUCAGGGUGGUGCUCUACAGGCUAAUCGCAAAUUGCCGAGUGGUCGACCGAUGAGCAUCUUCAGGGCGAAGGAGAAGGAGGCAGCAGGGACAUCUUCAUCCUCUUGUCAAGCAGGCGGGUUCAGGAUUGGCAGGUCCAUGUCAAGCAGUGGUCGGGGAUUGUUCUUUGCACGGAAUGGGCGCUCCACUGGCAACGUGCUGCCACUGUGAGUUGGUGUAAUUUUACUGUCAAGAGGAUACAGCCUCAGCAAAGCCGGGAGCUGGUAGUGUAUCAGUGUCUGUUAAUAGAGAGUGUAGACGGGAUAGCAGUGGCUCGGAGAGAAAGUCUCAUCUGAAAUCUGUGAGUUGACCAGAGUUAUUAUCAUGUGAUAAGUAUUUCUUGAGUGGAUGUGCUCGUGUUAACUUGCAUGCCCAAGUUUCCUUUAUCACAAUGUCAACAUCUAGCUCUGGUUAAGUGAAUUUUGGGGAAGAAGCUGAUGGUUGGCUUCUUCAUGUAAUAUUUAUGUAGCAAUCUUGCAAAGAGUGGACCACUGCCUGCUUCAAUGUAUACUGUUCCUAGAAGGGGGUGGUGCAAAUGUAAGAAUCUGUCCUUUGGGGAGGAGGGGCUGCCCUUAUUCAGUCUGUAACAUUGAGCACAUACCAAAUAAGACUUUGCACUAGUAA